AUGUAUGUGUGUGCGUGUUCAUGUGCAGGACGGCAAACUCCUGAUGGUAGAGGCGCAAAGUUCUUCCAAGAGUCGUCGUGGCAAGAUGUACUAAAACAAGGUAAGAGUUUAGAUGAAAUAGAUACUUGUUCAGCAAGGGCUGUUAGUCGAAUGUCAGAGCCAGAGCCAGAACCUGACGAGUAUGUUGAGACCAUCUUCUGUUUGGCGAUGUCAAUUUGUCAUGGCCCCGAAGAUGUGGUGAUGGCACACAAGCUGCUGAAUCCUACAGAGUUUGUUGAGUCAGCCGAAGUGAUGGCGGUUGGCUGA